AUGCCACAUAUUAUUAUCAUAAGAACCCACCUUGUGCUUGCUGCAAAGGGGCACUUAGGCAUCCGCAUCGCGUGCUACCUCUUCCGGGCUUGCUCGGCUGAUCUCGUCUCUUCGCCUUGGACCGACUUGAAAGAGCUGACCAAGACGGAGGUGUUCUGGGGUGCUUACACCAAGCUGGACAAUUUCUAUGCCAUCUCCCAUGACUGGUUGGUGGAGACGGUGAGGGCCGGGGAGAAGAAGUUCGUGAAGCGCGGGAAGAUUCGCUUCCUGUCCCAGUCCUGGGGAAUUCCGAAGGAGUGGGACGAGCUGAUGGGGGCGGGAAGCUAUGCGGAGGCCAAGGCAGCGGAAAUCUGUUGCAUAGCCAAGGAUUACGCUUCAUUAGAGCUGGGAGACUCCAAGAAGUGGAAGGAGGUGUACUUCUGGGUGGAUAAGUGUUGCAUUCCGCAGGGUGAUCAGGAGCUGACUGGAUGGUGUGUCAACCUCCUAGAAGAGUACAUCAUCUUCUGCGACGGGCUUGUGGUGUUGGUCCCAUGGACAUACUUUACGAGGCUUUGGUGUGUCUAUGAAUGGGUUUGCUUCCUGCUAGUGCACGACCCCGUGGACAUUGAGAUUUGCGCAGACCCCUUCGUGCGGGAGAGCACGCUUCCGCUCUUCAUCGAGGCGAUUGGCAACUUCAAGCUCGCUUCUUGCCAGUGCUUCCGGGAGGCAGACAGGCCCGUUCUUAUCAACAAGGUCGCAUGGUACUACAAGUCGGUUGAAGGCUUCGAGCAGUUUUUGAAGUUCACGGCCAUUGCCCUCUUCGUGCGCUGUACCGCGCAACGUCGGUCAGCAAAGUCCUUCUCCGCUCUUGAGCCCUGGCGUCAUCUCGCGGAGCGACAAGGCUUCCGCGACUUAGCAGGGAAGGUGCAAGAUGUGAUGAGCCUUCUACCCCAGUGGCGUGAGGAUGCGGUGAAGAACGCGACGGGCGGUGGCACCCGCGACGUGCAAACGGAUGUCUUCAAGCAUGUUGAGGCUUGGUUUAAGGCCGAGAUGGUCCCGCUGAUCCUCAGCAAGCGGAAGGACCUGAAUCCCUUCGAUCCCGCAACACGGAAAACCCGUAUACUGUAUACUCCUGAACCCGAAAAGCCUUGA